UUGGAAUUCGUUCAGAACGACGCCGAACAAUAUCGUAUCCAGAACGAAAAUGGACGACGGCAUCCAAGGAUUUUAUAAAGACAAGGUGGUGUUUCUAACAGGCGCCACCGGGUUUCUGGGAAAGGUGAUUAUUGAGAAGCUCUUGCGAACGACGGAACUAAAACGUAUCUACGCUAUGAUGAGACCCAAAAGGGGAAAGGAUAUUCAGGAACGUCUUGCCAUAUGGCAGAAGGACCCACUUUUUGAAGUACUGCUAAAGGCAAAGCCAGAUGCACUGAAGCGAAUCUUUGUCAUCGCAGGCGACUGUCUGGAUGCCGAUCUGGGCAUCAAUAGGUCAGAUCGCAAGCUCCUAGUUUCUGAGGUGCAGAUAGUCAUCCAUGGAGCAGCCACGGUGCGUUUCAAUGAAGCACUUCAUGUGGCACUGGCCAUCAAUACACGUGCCACCAGACUGAUGCUCCAGUUGGCCAAAGAGAUGCAGCACCUGGAGGCCUAUUUGCACAUUUCAACGGCGUUCUCCAACUGCGUUAUUUUUCGCAUCGAGGAGAAAUUUUAUCCCGAACACCUAACCUGCGACUCGAAUUCGGUUCUGGCCAUGAGUGAGCUACUGAGUGAGCAAAUGAUGGACAAACUGACGCCCACUCUAGUUGGGGACUUUCCCAACACCUACACCUACACCAAAGCCCUGGCGGAGGAUGUAGUCCUACGGGAGUCCGGCGAUCUUCCCCUGAGUGUCUUCCGACCAUCAGUCAUAAUUGCGACCCAUGAGGAGCCUGUUUCCGGCUGGAUCGAUAAUCUCUACGGACCCAUUGCUCUCUUGUACGGCGCGGGACAUGGAGUCAUCCGCCUGACCACCUUCGACAAAGAUGGCCUUGCCAGCUUGGUGCCCGUGGACUACUGUGCAAAUGCGGCUCUGGCUAGCAUAUGUCAAACAUCCAAAGAGAAGUCCCAACGAAAUGCCAGAUCCCAGCCCGCCAUCUACACCUUAGCUCCCAGUGAAAAUAAUCUACUAGGCAACACGGACUUCAUAAACCACUCACUGAUCGUGCGGGAGGAUUUUCCACUUACCAAGAUGAUAUGGUACCCGUUCAUGCACAGCGUCUCAAAUCCGCGACUUUUCCCAUUUGCCGCCUUCUUCUAUCACACUUUACCAGGCUAUUUCUAUGAUCUAGCCCUGAAACUCACGGGAAGAAAGCCUCGUCUGGUGAAGCUGUACAGAAGUAUACAUGCCAACAUUGCGGUACUAGAGCACUUUUUCCACAACAGUUGGCACUUUGAGACGAAGAGCACGGAUCGGCUGAGAUUGAUAAUGUCUCCGGAGGAUCGGCGAUUGUACAACUUCGAUAUGGAGGCCUUGGACUGGAAAAAGUACUUCCGGAAGGCACUCUUCGGCAUGCGACUUUACCUGGCCAAGGAACCUCCAACGCGGGAAUCUCUCGAGAAGGGUCGGCGACUCUUAUAUCGAUUGAAGAUCCUGCACUACAGCUUUAUGACCCUACUCUGCAUCAUAGCUGGCUUCCUAUUGUGGAAUCUUGUCAGGUUGUUCAUUUAAAUAAUGUGCUUAAUCAGAACUCGAACUAAAUAAAACCUUGGGUGUUCAUUGAA